UCACUUCCGAAGGUCAACAAACCUCGGAGGUGGUGAAGUGACAUGCCAACCACUUUUCAAUCGCUGCUGGACCAGCAAUUGUGCUUCUACUGAUAUCUAGAAUGACAGCGACAGAGACAAAAAAGACAAAAGUUUUACUUUAUGGACUCGGCGCUAUAGGAGGAUUCUAUGCUUUCAUCCUCAGCCGUGAUCCGAGCGUAGAGCUCAGCAUAGUUGCAAGAUCGAAUUUGGAAGUGGUCAAGAAAAAUGGUAUGACGAUACACACCUUGAAUCAUGGAUCGCAUACUGUACACUUUGACAGAGUAUUGAGCUGUCCACACAAGAUCGCGACGAAAUAUGAUUACAUCGUCUGCGCGCACAAGGCCAUCACUCCAGGCUUGGAUCCUGAUGACUUCCGAUCAGUCGCGAACAUGGACACCACAUUCGUGAUUUUACAAAACGGAGUAGGAAACGAAGAGCCAUUUCGUCAGUCUUUUCCUUAUUCGACCAUUGUGAGCUGUGUCAUAUGGGUAGGAGCGACACAAGAAUCACCAGGAGUGAUUAAACAUACCGCUUCCGAGCAUACGGACAUCGGACUGUAUCCCAACCCAAACAUUGAGCCUGAUUUAGAGACUGCGAGGCUAGAAGGCUUCGCGGCAAUGUUGAGAGCGGGCGGAACACCGUAUACCAUCUCUGAUGAUAUACAAGUCCGACGAUGGGAGAAGGUUGUGUGGAAUGUCGCAUGGAAUCCUCUGACAAUGCUGACACAGCAGAACACGCAAGACUGGCUAUCUUCCUCGAAAGAGAGUGUCUCCGUCACGAAGCGCCUCAUGCGGGAAGUGAUAGGUGUGGCGCGAAGAUCUGGAGUCGCAUUGGAAUAUGGGCUCGUAGAUAUCUUGAUGGAGAGAAUCCAAAGUAUGCCAGGAAUAGAGAGCAGCAUGAUGGUUGAUGCAAGGGAGGGCAGAAGAUUAGAGGUGGAUGUGAUACUCGGCACACCGAUGAGAAAGGCCAGGGAGUUUGGUAUGGAUGUACCGACACUAGCAACGGUGCAUGCUCUGACUGUUGCAGUAGACUUGAGAAUCAGGCACGGGUUGGGUGGAAUGAGAUAAUGUACUUAUCCUCCAUGUUAAUGAGCUCCAUAUCUUUGGUGCAAGACCACUCUUGUGUCGCCUAAUUAGUAGUUGCCGUGUAUACAGCGGGACCGCUUUACUGCUGAGU